CCUCUAUAGUGUUAUGUGCGCAUUAAUCUGUUGUAUUUAACAGACUAUGGCGCUUGAAACGUGGUCAUUUGUUGCUCUUGCUUUUUGCACGGAGGUCUAUCACUGUUAUUGUUAUGAUGAGGAGGAUGAUGACGCAGAUGAUGAUGAUGAUGAUGAUGACGAUGAUGAUGAUGAUGCGUUAAUAUUCCCUGAAGUUAAUUUAAAAAGUGACAUGUAUACUUUAUUUUGUAUUUCUUGAAAAUUCGUAAUCGUUAAUAAAAGUAAAUGUAUUCAUUAAUGUUAACUUUUGGCGUGGCUUGGUGUGCCGCGGGGCGUGGUUUGCGGAUCGGGGGCGUGGUUAACGGAGCUGAUCCCUGAAGAGAAUCUGUGAACUCUGGACGCCGAUGUCAGAGCAAACUUCACAUUCAACCACCAACCCGAGACGACCAGGUGAAGCUUAAGUGACGGGCUGUUGUACGUGUGUCAAGGAUGAGUAUCGCUGGGCUGUCCCGACAUCUCUACAGGGUCAGCCAGCGGGCUGUUUGGCUGCACGGCGCACGACGGGUCUCCACCACCACAACAGGUAUAAUGUCCACGCAUACAAAUGCCAAGAGGAUCGAAGGACUUGACCACAACAUAUGGGUGGCCCUCACCGGCCUGGCCGCCGACCCCUCCGUGGUCAACCUGGGUCAGGGGUUCCCUGACCUCCCCCCCCCCUCCUACAUCACGGCGGCGCUGGCCAAGGCGGUGUCGGUGGACCGCAUGAACCAGUACACCCGCAGCUUCGGUCACCCAGCGCUGGUCAACGCCCUCUCCCAGGUGUACGGUAAGGUGUGUGUGCGCCCCAUCGACCCCCUGAAGGAGGUGCUGGUGACGGUGGGGGGCUACGGCUCUCUGUUCUGCACCAUGCAGGCCCUGGUGGAGGAGGGCGACGAGGUGAUCAUCAUCGAGCCGUACUUCGACUGCUACAUCCCCAUGGUGAAGAUGGCCGGGGCGACGCCCGUCCUCAUAUCGCUGAAGCUGAAGUCAGAGAAGCAGAGCGGGCUCACGAGCGCGGACUGGGUCCUGGACCCGGAGGAGCUGGCCAGCAAGUUCACCUCCCGGACCAAGGCCAUCAUCAUCAACACCCCCAACAACCCCACCGGGAAGAUCUUCACCAGAGACGAGCUGCAGAUGAUCUCCGACCUGUGCAUCAAGCACGACGCGCUGUGCUUCAGCGACGAGGUCUACGAGUGGCUCACCUACAAGGGCCACCAGCACAUCAAGAUCGCCACGCUGCCGGGGAUGUGGGAGAGAACCAUCACCAUCGGCAGCGCCGGGAAGACCUUCAGCGUCACCGGCUGGAAGCUGGGCUGGUCCAUCGGGCCGGAGCAUCUGGUCAAACAUCUGCAGACCGUGAUGCAGAACACCGUCUACACCUGCUCCACCCCUCUACAGGAGGCGGUGGCCCAGGGUCUCGUGCGGGACUACGAGCGUCUGGGUCAGCCCGACUGCUACUUCUCCUCGCUGGCGGCGGAGCUGGAGGAGAAGAGGGACCGCAUGGCCGCCAUCCUGCGGGAGGCGGGCAUGAACCCCAUCCUGCCUGAGGGGGGGUACUUCAUCAUCGUGGACGUCACGCCGCUCAACGUGGAUCUGUCCCACAUGCCAGACGAAGCCUAUGACCUCAAGUUCGUCAAGUGGAUGAUCAAAGAAAAGAAACUGGCCGCCAUUCCUGUCACGGCGUUCUGUGGAGAAGCGUCCAGGAGCCGCUUUGAGAAGUACAUCCGUCUGUGUUUCAUCAAGCGAGACGAGACGCUGGACGCAGCAGAAGACAUCAUCAGGAACUGGAAGAACUAGGAGGUGGAACAUCUCAUCGCUAACUCAGGAGGUGAAACAUCUACCUCGAAGGGCUGAAGCCAGGGUUUAGGAUUUAGUGAAGUCCAGAAUUUGUUCUUUCAAUGGAGCUUAUUUACUGCAUUUCUGGAUGGGCGAAAUUCAUAGCAGCAUGACUCCUAAAAACACAACCCAUGCUAUGCACUAACUACACACAAACUCAUUCAUAAUUAAAUAGAUGCAGAGUGACUUCUUAAAACUUGUCACCAUUUAGUGUGUGUGUGUGUGUGUGUGGUCUACGUUUUCAACUCCUGAUAAACAGUUAAAUAGCGCCGAUAGAUAAUAUAAAUAUUUUUUAAAAUGAUUGAAAUCUUUAAAUAUCCAGUUUUUUAUUAAGGAAAUUAAGGCACAGAGAUCCUAACCUCGGUGACCUCAUAGCUACGGCCAUGCUUACUCGGGAGGUGAAUCUACUACCAGCAGAACUAGAAUGUGAAAAUAGUUUAUAUUUAUUUUGUCACUGGACAAAUGCAAUGAAUCGAUGAGAAGAAGGAUGUGAUGGAAGAGGGCCCUGUGGUCUUCUAAAGUAAACCCUCUUCUGAAGGAUAUUCUGGGUCCAAACACCACUGUUCUGCUACAUCACACAUCGAUCUUGACUGCUGUGAAAUUUAGAAUUAAAGUGUGCCUUUUUCUUUACAAA